AUGACGUCGAAGAGAUAUAUUGUAGACUAUGACUCCAAGUCGCACGCCGUCGAAUCCAAAAACUCAGGGUCUUUCUCAAUACGGAUCCGAGCAGCUGAGCGGCAUCUUGUCCGGAGUCCCAGCGGUCGUGAAACUCUGUGUAAACAAAUAUCUCUGGGGGAGAUAUAUGAUGCAAUCGCAUCUGAGAUCCCACAUGCUUUCCUUGCUGGGGAAGAAGUUUGCAUAGGGUUUGUGGCUAACGUCCUCUCCAAGGCAAACAUGAUCAGCUGGAUUCAGCAACGCAUCCUUCCUAAGAUCUGCAGAGACGCCAUUAAUAUGAGCCGUAACCUUGAAGAAACAGGAGAAGAAGGUUUCUUGGUUGAAGCCGAGGUUGAGGUUAUCAAAGAAAUAUCGCUGGAAGGCUUUUACGACUUCAAUGAUUAUGACUCUGUUGGUCGACUAAUACCAACCGAGCCAGACUGCACAAUCUGUCUAGAAGAGUUAUCAUCAGGUGGUCCGAAGACGAUCAUGAAGUUGCGUUGUGCCCACAAUUUUCAUAGGGACUGUCUUCUCACAUGGCUCCGCCGCAAACAUUCUUGCCCCACUUGUCGUUACGAUAUCAACAGUCCCCCACCCAGGAACGAUCUCCCGAGGAUGAUAAUUUUCUCAAAAGAGAAACUCACAAGAGGAGGAAGUAGUGGUUUCAAAUUUUUUCCUCAAAUAAAUUAUCUUUGUAACAGAUAA